AUGAGAAAAUAUGUGGCCGCCGUGAGCCAGCUAGUGGACAUGAAUGAGUCCGAAAUGGGGUGGUUAGCGAACCAUAUGGGCCACAACAUUCAUGUCCAUAAAGAAUUUUAUCGACUGCCACAAACAACCAUUGAGAUGGCUAUUGUAGGAAAUCUACUGAUGGCAGUCGAUGAAGGUCGGGCUCACCUUUUUAAAGGAAAAAACCCGAGACAACUACACCUGUCAGGUAAUUAAAUAUACAACUUGUUGUGCUGAGUGGUUAUAUUAUUACCUGAAAAAAUAAGCAGAAACUCGACGUUUCGAGCGAAGGCCCUUUGUCAAGAGUUAGUAGAAUAACUCUUGAUAAAGGGCCUUCGCUCGAAACGUCGAGUUUCUGCUUAUUUUUUCAGGUAGUAAUAUAACCACUUGGCACAACAAGUUCACAUUGGUACUGCCCACACUGGUACAGACAGUUUUAAUUAAAUAUACAGUUUAGUUGUUCAGGAAAUCAAAUCUCGAAUAAAAUUUAAACGCUGAGGAUGCCCGCCGCUGUUUUUAUAUCAUUAUCAACUUGCAAAAUUAAUUUUUUUUUAUUUUAGAUUUUGAUACAGCUCCGCAGGAAGAUGCUUGUAAGGGAAGCAGUACUGGAAAUUUAGCAGAAAAUGAAAACAGUGAUGAAGAUGGUAAGUAAUUGGAUCCAGAGUAGCAAAGCGGGCAUGCAAUAUCGGUUUUAAAAGAAACAAUCUUGCUCUGUUUUACUUACAAAUUUGACUAAGUAGAACUUGAAAAUAGGAAUUAGAAAGAUCCUCGGUCAACUUUAGUGUCCAGACCAAAAGUGUGAUUUCAAACACUUAACUGAUCAUGACAUCAAAGCGUUAUAGAAACGUUUAUGACUGUGAUUUCAUAGACUUUUCAAAUAUUAAGGUGGCUCCAUACAAUUUUCAAAAACUUCAGGUGUCUAACACUUUGACAGUUUUAAACGUCGUAUUUUUAAGUUUUAUGCAGCAGAUAUCAGGAUGUUAAUCUAUUUUGAUGUUUCGUCUUUCAAAUUAUGUCAGUUUUGGUAACACCUAGUUCGUUACCAUGGCAACAUGCGCACGUAAAAUGCACUUUAAAAUAGCGUAUUUCUUUGUGUGGUUGGAAAAAAGCUCGGUGACCCCCAAUUUUUUUUCAUGCAUCAUUUUACCUAGAACAUACACUAUAAUAGGCAAAAUCUAAAAAAUUCUGUAAUGCCAAUUUUUUGAAAAAUGCAAAAAUGUGAUUUUCUUCAAUAAAAAUAUUUUGGAAUUACAGAAAUUUUUUAUAUUUUGCCUAUUGUUAGUGCAUGUUCUAAGUAAAAUAUGCAUGAAAAAAUUGGGGGUCACCAAGAGUUUUUUCCAACCACACAAAGAAAUAGGCUAUUUUAGAGUGAAUUUUAUAUGUGUGUGUUGCCAUAGCAACGAACUAUGUGUUACCAAAACUGACAUAAUUUGAAAGACGAAACAUCAAAAUAUGAACAUCCUGAUAUCUGCUGCAUAAAACCUAAAAAUACAACGUUUAAAACUGUCAAAUUGUUAGACACCUGAAGUUUUUGAAAACUGUAUGGAGCCACCUUAAUAAUAAAAUAAAAGUGGUUAAAUCUUAAAGGAUAACUUUGUUCGUUUUUGAACAACCAGAGAAAACUACGGCAAAUCUUCCAAAUAGUCAGCAAAAAUGCAUAGAUCCUAUAUGCGGGUGCUUAUUUUUAAUCAAAACACUAAGGGUUUCAUGCGGUGUACUAUUGCACAAAUAAACCAAAACACUAUAUACUGUUCAUGUCAUGCAAGCACUAAUUAUUAAAGACGUUCCUAACAUGUUCAAGAUAAAACCAGCCUGGUUUUUAUAUAGGUAAUAGUAUGGUUUCUCGUGCGAUUUGGUAAAAACAUGCACAAGUGAGUUUUUGAAAAACGCUAAAAAUUGUGCAAUUUGAGCGUCUUUCAAAAACUUACGAGUGCAUGUUUUUACCAAAUUGCACGAGAAACCAUAGUAUUACUUAUUAAUAAUAUACAAGGAAAUGUUCGGGACAAGAUUACACACCUGCACUUAGUACUUACUUCGUAAUGGCUCCUCUACACAUUUUUCUUCAAAAACUUAAUUUAGCUAUGUCCAUGCAAUGAUUCCUGAAUUGAAACAUACGCAAAGAACUUCUCAAUUUUUAAAUAGUUGGAUAAAAGUUAUGCAUUUUGUUUAAAAAUCAAGAAAACAAUCAAAUUGCCGCAAUGUUUGUUUGUUUUGUCAAGUAAUUUUCCAUCCUUCAAAAUCUUUGAAUAUGGUCAAAUAUCAGCCAAUCAAAAUCAGCCAAUCAAAAUCUUUGAAUAUGGUCAAAUAUCAGAAUAUCAGCCAAUCAAAAUGAAGGAAUUUCUUAUGUAUAUUAUUAAUUAAUGUAUUUAUAUAUUUUUUAACAGGUGAACCAUCGCAGGGAGCUGACACGACAAAAAAACAGACAAGUACGUUGUGUUUGGCCAAAAUUGACCAAGCACGAUACCUUUAAAAUAAUUUAUACAGUGUGUCCAAAAAAAUGUCACUCUGACAAAACUGGAAGUAUAACUGUGUUCGAUUAUAUUUUCAAGAACUGUCUGUUAUUCAACACAGGGAUAUUGCCUUUUGAUUUCAACAGCUAUUUUUCUCAAUUUCUGAAACUUUAAUUAAAAUGACCACUUAACCAACAUAUGUGAUGUGGUGACACUACUCUUGUCUUCCAAGCUGGGAGACCGAGGUUCAAGCCUUGGUCGGACCUCUACUCAAGGUCUUAAAAUAAUUGAUGAGAAAGAGAUGCCUUAAUGCAAUGAGAUCAGUAAAUGGUGAGACUUUCGGGUCUUCUCGGAUAAGGACUUUAAGACAUCAGUUCUUGAAAAUAACACAGAAGCUAGUAAACACGUUAAGAUGUUAAUCCAAUAUAUAACUUUGAGAACACCUCUAUCGAACACAGUUAUAUUUCCAGUUUCGUCAGAGUGACAUUUUGGUAGGACACACUGAAUACACUGAUGAUAAUGCCAUGAGGUUUUUAUAUGAAUAUUUAUACGUAUUUCGUAGAAAAUCUAAACCUAACCAAGGUUAUAUUAGUUGCCUUGCUUGUCAACAAAAGGAAUUCUCACCAUAUUUUAGCAAUGGCUUCGAAGUGAAUAGUUUCAGUUAAAUCAGUUUCCGUUUGCAACUAUUCUCUCCGACAAUAUUUUAUCCCUAUUUCAUGUUCUAAUUCUUGAAACUGUCUGUCUGUUUUGCAGAUGUGCUGAAGAAACGUAAAGGAUCCAUACCGAAGCAGUGGACCACAGAUGAAAAGAAGAUUGUCCACAAAUAUUUUUCCGAACAUAUUAAAAGAAAUCGACUGCCAAAGAAAGGAGAAUGCGUAGAUUUCGUGGAGGGCAACAAAGAGAUAAUUAAAGGUCGACAAUGGUCCACUGUCAAGGACUAUGUUAGAAAUUAUUUGGAGAAGAAGAAAAGAUGUUAA